CCGAGGGCCAGGGCUUUCCUGCACGCCCGACCUACGGCUCAGGGCGCCGCUCUCCCCCCCGAAACGGGCCAGAGCAGCCGAGCGCCUGGGAUUCUCCUAGGGGUUUGGAAAAGCAGCUGUGAUUUCACUACCGAAGGAAAAAAUGGAAACGGGAACUUGACGCCCGCGCAACCUGGCCGCGCCCCAGCCCUCGCUCGUACGCGCUCUCCGGGGGCAGAAGGCUUCGGGGAGCUAGCUUAGGCGGGCUCCUACCCCCGCCCGUCCCCUGCCGCCCCUGGCCACCCCCUGCUGCGUCCCCCGCCCCGGCUCUAGACGCCUGGCCUGUCCUGGGGAGAGAGCGGAGCCGCGCGGACCACACAACUCGGAGGUCUUCCUUUCGUCUUUUCAGUUUCGCAAUGUGGGUCCUGCCACCACGACGGCCCCGGCGGCGGGGCUUGGACGCGGCCCGAGCGCUAUGUACAGCGUAGAAGACCUCCUGAUCUCCCACGGCUACAAGCUGUCCAGAGAGCUGCCGGCACCGCGCAAGGAUGACGGCGAGGGGCGCCAGCCCGUGAGGCCCCGGGCGCCGGCGGGCCCCGGCCUGCUGAACGGCUGUGACGAUGGCCCUGCCGCCUCCCCACGCGGCCAGGCCUCGCUGGGGACCGGCCGCCUGAGCGAGCCCGAAAGCCGCGGCCGCGGGCCUCGGAGCCUCGGGGAGCCCCCGAGCGCUGCUGCCGCUGCGCAGAUUCCCGAGGCUGGGCUCCGCCAGCAGCGCCCGGCCGGCCGCAGCCACACCUACCGGAGGAGGGAGCAGGAGGCCCGCGAGGAGCCGGCCCGGGCCCCCAGCCCGCCCGCGUACGCCACCCAGGGGCCCCGGGAGGCUGGAGGAAGGAGCGAGGACGUGAUGAAGAAGGCACUUGGCGAGGAAGGGCUGGGACUGGCGGCUCCCGCCAGGUGGCAGAGCGUCCGCGUCGGAGGCCAGAGCCAGCCACGGAAGCCGGGGGGGCAGAUGCCGGCUGGCGUCGGGGAGAAGUUGUUCCAAGACCUGCACCCGUGCGUACUCGGAGGUCACGGCUUGACCUCCCAGAGCCCAGGGACAUCCCAGUCGCUGCCGAGAGUUCUUUCCCCCGAGGACCUGAGCUGCGUGGAGAUUCCCAUCCCGCUGAGCGACGGGCACUUGCCGGGUGUCCCUCAAGUGCCGUUUCAGCCUCCAAACGGUGCUCGCGAUUUGGAAUCCACCAGGAACCCCGAGAAGGGUGGCUCCUUGGCCCCCUUACCCCGGCCUCGGUUUGGGAGGCCGCUCAAGCCUCCAUCUUACGGCUCCCACCAACACUGCAGGGCCGGCGCGGAAAACGGCAGCUACGCGGACAGCCGGCAGCCGGACUCGCCUGCUGCCCCCUCGGCCAAGGCGAACGACGCCGCCAGGCAGGAGCCGUGCGCGCCCGACCCCGGCCUGGAGCCCCCGGUGUACGUGCCUCCGCCCUCCUACCGGCCGCUCCAGGCCGCCGCACCCGCCUGCCCGGGGGAGGCCCGAGGGCGGAGGCCCGAGGGCGGAGGCUGCCGUGCGCAGCGGCACCCGAUGGAGAAGGAUGCCGCCGGCGGCCAGCCCCCUUGGGGCCCCCGGGGAGCCGGGGAGGAGCGGGGGCCCGGCCCGUGCUCUCCUGUCGGGGUCCUCCCGCAGCCCCGCCCCGCCACGGCUUGUGACGGCUCCGUCCUGUACAUCCCCUUCGACGACCCACGGAUACGACACAUUAGACUCGCCCGACCCCACGGGUUCUGGGAAGACGUGAAGCUGGACGGCCCUGUCCCUGCCCCAGAGCCGGCGCCUGGAAGCCUGCAGGGGGAGGCUGCCGUUCGGGGCCCCUCGGGGAGCGAGAGCCGCCCCACCCCGGCCGAUCCCAGCGGCCCCUGGCUGUGGGACCGGCUCCCCAGGGGUGGAGAAGACGGUGGCUUUGCUGACCAGAGAGACGCCUGCGUCGUCACUCGGAGUCAGCGGCCCGACGUGCGCGAAGAAAGCCUCGUCUCCUCCCCGAGCCCCCAGGGCGAGGGUACCUGCGAGACACAAACCCAGCUCAGAAAGUUCGAAGCUGGGCGGCAAACCAAGAAAAGUUCAAAGAAAAAAAUGAGCGAGACGAUAUUUUGUUUGGUUUCCAUCCCAGUUAAGUCAGAAUCACAUCUGCCAGCUACAGAUACGAACAACAAUGACUUGAAACAGAGCGCGGAUAAGAGGCCUGGGCCCGAGAAGAGCGCGGCUCUGCCAGAGCAGAGCCUGCUGAGCUUGUCCUCCACCGACCUGGAGCUGCAGGCGCUCACGGGUGGCAUGACCGGGAGGACGGAGCUCUGGGAACCAGACCCGGGGGGCCCCGGAGGAGACCAGCCAACCGACGGCCCCAGGUUCCCACAGCCUGCGAAGCACCGAGCGCUCGCGUGUCCUGGCUCGUGGCCCGGGCAGCAGUACAGAGACCAGCAGACGCAGACCAGCUUCGCCCAGGAAUCCCACAGCCCGCGGCCCCUCCCCGGGGAGAUGCGGGGAGGGUCCCCCGACGCCGCGCUGCCUCCAAGAUGUUUGGACGCCUUCGGGGUUCAGAUGCACGUGGCGCUGGCGUCCAGUGACCAGAGCCAGAGGCCCGGGGCUCCUUCCCCGAAAGGCCAAGGGGGGCCCCUCAGCCCGUGCAGCGGCAGCGCCUUCUCAGGGUCUUCCUCGUCCAGGAACCAGGCCCCCAGCCCGGGUGAGCCACGCGUGGACGGCCGUGGCCGCGGAGGCAGCCCGGUGCCCAGGGCCGAGGUGGUCAAGGGGGCGACCACAGGCCCCUGCAACAGUAGACAGCCGUUCGGGCAGUUCCUCCUGAAGCCCGUUAGCCGCCGCCCCUGGGACUUGAUCAGCCAGUUGGAAAGUUUCAACAAGGAGCUUCAGGAGGAGGAAGGGAGCAGCGACGGCGGUGGCGACGGCAGCGGCAGCGAGGACAGCGAGACGGAGCCGCCCUGGGGAGGCCGUGCCCAGCCCGCGCCCGAGCGCCCAGACCUCCCGGAGGGCAGGGCACCCGAGGACCCGGAGCCCAGUCCGGGCAGCGUCAAGGGCAAGCCCGAGAGCUGGGGCGAGGGGGCGAGGCCUCGGCCCCCCGGGAGCUGGAUGGCGGAGGAGGGGGACCGGGAGGUCGAGGCCGGGGUGCCCGAGCCGGCCGUCAGCCCGGGGCCUGCGAGACGAGCAGCGUCUUCCGGGCCGAGCGAUGCCGGAGCGGGGCCCCCGCGCGAUCCAGCGGAACCGAGGGCGCCCCCGCCGAGUCGGGAGCUCCGCGGCGGGCUCGCUGCUGCGGAGCUGAGCGCAGCCAGCGCACCCACGGCGGGCGGUGGGGAGCAAGGGGCCACGGGGGUCCCCCUCUCUCUGGCUGGCAAGCCCCGAGGCCUGUCGGCGCCGGACUUGAGGUCUGUGGGGCUGACGCCGCGGCCGGAGCAGAGCGCCGGCCAGUUAGCGGGGUCUCCGGGGGAAGCCAGUGCAGUAGAAAUACCCCCAAACGAGUCUCUCCAAGCCAGGGCUGCCAGGAUCCUGGGCAUUGAGGUGGCCGUGGAGUCCCUGCUGCCAGGCGCCCGAAGGACAGGGCAGAGCCAAGACCCCGAGCCCGACGGAGGUGCCCGCAGGCUUGAGGCCCCCGGGCAGGAGGCGGCGGCCGGCCCAGCCCAGCGGUGUGACCCCGCCGCGUCCGCCGACGCCUUCUACAGCAGGAGGAGGUGCGGCUGGACCGAAAGCCCGCUGUUUGUGGGAGAAGGGGCCAGCGCCCGGCAGGCUCCCCGGGCCUCCGAGCCCGCGGGCGUGGACGGGGCCGUCCCCAGCAAGGCCCCUGAGCCUCAGCCCCGCCCCCAGGAGUGCCAGCCCUUCCAUCCCAAGGACGUGGGGACAAAGCCACCCUUCAGGUCCACCUUGUUCCAUUUUAUAGAAAGGACCCCAAAUUUGGCAGCCUCAGAGAAGAGGCUCCGAAGCACGUCCAAAGUGAUUGAAAGUUUACAGGAGAAACUGGCGUCCCCCCCGCGGAGGGCAGACCCCGACCGCCUGAUGAGGAUGAAGGAGGUGAGCUCUGUGUCUCGGUUGAGGCUCCUGACCUCGCGGGGCGCAGACACUGCGGAGGAGGCCGAGGAGCCGAAGGCCGAGAGGGGCCCCGGGGCGCGGCCGGGAGGCCCGGGGGCUCUGAGCGCCAGGCACAAGCUCUCUGACCCCAGGGGUGCCCUCCCGCUGGAGGAAGACGGGCAUCCGACAGCACAAAGGGAGGAGAACGGCGGUCAGGACUUCUGGUGCCCAGACUCGUACGACCCUAGCAGGGUGGAGAGGGUGUGAUGACGCACGAGUGGGGUGCGGGGCUGUGUCAUCUGCUAACGGAGUGAUCUCCGAGCUGGCCUCAGCCCCGCCGCCCGGGAGGAAGCUGGGACCCUCGCUGUGAUAUCCUGUCCCCACUGCCGCCAGGAAACUCAUCAGCCCUAAAGAGUCACCCUGUGGAAGUAAAGCAGUAGUCCGUUGAAACCAUCUGUUUUUAUAGCACAAAGAGUUAAUACCUAUAUUUAGAAAAGAGUCACAAAGACCCUCCUUAAUGAUGGGUUUAGCCAAGCUGGUAAAGAGUUUGGUGUUAAUCUGGCUGUAUGUGAAAACUCAAACGUGGAUGAUAUGAUGAAUGAUUUUAAAAGGACCGUGAAUGUCGCAAAUCCCCCUUCGCUUCCCCGUGGCCUGCGGUCCACGCUCAUGUCACGGAGUUUGGGAUGUAGGCCAUUGCUAGUGUGUCAGCACUUUGAGUUCUGGGGAAAUGUGAACGCAUAUGUAUGAUCCAUUUCUCAUCAGUCUGGCCUUCUGCUGAAGUCACUUUACGUAUAAGUAACUUGCCAUCAGAGAAUAAAGCUGUAGCUUUUAAGUUCCCAAAAGAUUAAAACUUGUACCAUAAUGAACUAAGAGUGUUAUUUAUCUGGCAAUGAGAUACUUUGAUCGUUUGCAAACAUGAUGUUGUCUGCUUUGCACUCAGUAUUAUCUAUUUUUAUUUCCUGUAUGGAUGUUUAGAAAUUCUUUAUAUGAAAAAUAAUUGCUGGUUUAAAAUAGACCAUUUUAACAAAGUAACUAUAUUUCUUUUUACAAAAAUGCUAUUUUUCUAUGAUGUAAACAAUUGUUAGGUGGCAGAUUUUUAAGGAAGUUUAUUGUAUUUAAGAGUCUGUAUCCCUUUGUGUGAGAGGAACCCAAAGAGGGUUCACGUUUGCUUUAAAGCAUAUAGCCCUUACCCGUUCACAACUCUGCUACUUUUAGUUUAUCUUAGAAAGAGAUGUCAAUAUAGGCAUUUUUCAGGGUUAAUAAAAUUAACUUUUCACAAAGAUUUUUUUUACAAAUAGAGCUGUACGGUUAUAUUUGGAAAUAACCCUCUUAAAACCAGCCAACAUCCUUAUGACAAAUUUUUGCUGCCAUAUCCACUAGAAUUACCAAAAAACAUAGUUUCAUCUUUGUACGUCUGUGGGGAUCCGCCCUGAGACCAUACUUCCCUUCUUCCCACCCCGCCCCUUUAAAGAAAUAUGUAUUUUUAUCUAGAAUCAUCCUUAAUUAGCGUCUGCAUAGUUUUCAAAAGUGCUAGAGACAUUAUAUGUAUGCCAUUACGAAAGUAUUAUGAGGCCUAUGUAUUCUACUGUUUACUAUUGCAUUAACCUGCACAAAGUUUAUGCAUUUUUUAUGCAUUUGUCACUUCUUUCUAAGUCGGGCGUUCUUGUGAGCUAACAUUUCCUGAAUGGUUUCUUGUCUCCUCCCUCCCUCCUUUUCCUCUCCUUUUUUUUUUUUUUUUUCCUUUCUUUCUUCUUUCCUUCUCUCUCUCUCUUUUUCAGAAACCACCUUAUCUAUUUUUAGGCAUUUCAAAUUCCUAAAAUGUGAACUAUUGGGUGGUCUGCAGUUUGGCCCUAAAAUGACUCUGGGCUUUCAUGGCCUGUUUUUAUCUGUACCUUAUGAUUUUAUUUCAUCAGAACUUCAUGUAUUUGGAUGGUAAUAAACAACACAGAAUCCAA